UGCGCGGCGAGAGCCGGGGAGGCCGCGAGGAUGUUGUGGGCGCGGAGGGCGCCCUCGUUAGCCAGGCGCGGGGCCCCGGUGGGGGCCACGUGGGGCUGGGCGCGCUCGGCAGCCUCCGGGGCCAACAGCGGGAAGCCGAGCCCGGAGAGCCGCGCGGACUCCAAGUACCGGGAGACGGUGUUGCUGCCCCGCAGCGGCUUCCCCGCCCAGCUGCCGGGCAGGCUGCAGCCCGAGGCCGAGGUGGAGAUACAGCAGAAAUGUGGUUUUUCAGAACUAUAUUCAUGGCAAAGACAAAGGAACACAAAGAAUGAAUUUUGUCUUCAUGAUGGGCCACCGUAUGCCAAUGGAGACCCUCAUGUUGGUCACGCGUUAAAUAAGAUUUUGAAAGACAUCACUAAUCGGUUCCAUAUGAUGAGAGGUUAUAAAGUGCACUAUGUACCAGGCUGGGAUUGUCAUGGGUUGCCCAUUGAAUUGAAAGCAUUGUCGGAACUCAAAGAAACUCAAAAUCUUUCACCGAUGGAGAUUAGACAGAGAG